AUGUACAGCUCUCCCUCUUGCGAUGAAGUUGCUGCUUUGAUUGUUGGAGAUUUUGAUUCGUCGGACCAUGGUCGUGACAUUAUUGUUCGAUCUACUGGUGGUCGGUUGCAACGUAUAUAUGAAACUCAUGUUCUGUAUUGGCCCUUACAGUAUCCUCUGUUGUUUCCAUAUGGCGAGAAUGGUUAUCAGCUGAACAUUGGUUAUCGUGGUCAACAGCUUGGAUAUGUUCCUGGAAGGAGAACAAGAGUUUCCCUCAGGGAAUUCAUAUGUUUUCGUCUCCAGAUUAGGGAGCAUGAAGAUGGAAUUAUUCACAAGUGUAGGCGGUUGUUUCAACAAUCUGUUGUUGAUUGUUUCACCAUGAUUGAAUCUCAGAGGUUGUAUGAGAUUAGAAUGAAGCAAAGUACAAUUAGAGGAGAAGUCCUUCAAGGAAUAGAGGAGGCUAUGCGUCGUGGCGAUGACGAGGCUUCUUCAAUUGGGACACGAAUCAUUUUGCCUUCCUCCUUCACUGGUGGUAGACGUUAUAUGUUUAACCGUUGUCAGGAUGCCAUGCGGUUCACGGAGCGAGAGCGAAUUCCGAUCGCUGAUCGUCCUGAUAUCUCUUGUCGUGUCUUUCAUGCCAAGUUGAAGUGCCUCCUUAGUGAUCUCAAGGAAGGUGUGUUUUUUGGUCCACUUAAUGCAGGUAUGUAUACUAUUGAGUUCCAAAAAAGAGGUCUACCACAUGCACACAUGUUACUCUGGCUUAACGGGGAAAGCAACUUACAAAGUGUUGAAAUUGUUAAUGAAUUCAUAUGUGCCGAGCUACCCAAUCCCCAGAAAUUUCCAUCUCUUUAUAAUGUCGUCACCAAGUACAUGAUCCAUGGUCUCUGUGGUCGACUUAGACCGAGUUCUCCUUGCAUGAAAGAUGGUAAGUGUUCAAAAUUUUAUCCGAAAAGAUUCGUUGACCAAACGAGCUUUGAUGAAGAUGGCUAUCCAAUAUAUAGACGUCGUAAUAUGGGUGUCACAGUGAAGAUCAAUGAUGUUGAUAUCGACAAUAGAUUUGUUGUGCCAUAUAAUCCACUGUUGUUAAUGAAAUAUCAAGCUCACAUAAAUCUCGAGUUCUGUAACAAGUCAAACGUCAUCAAGUAUCUAUUUAAGUAUGUUAACAAGGGUCCGGAUCGGGUGACCGCAACUGUUGGAGAAAGAUAUGAUGUUGGUGAAUCUUCUCAGGUGGUUGAUGAGAUCAAACAGUAUUACGAUUGUCGUUAUUUGUCACCGUCUGAAUCCAUGUGGAGAAUUUUUGCUUACGAUAUUCAUCAAAGAUGGCCGUCGGUACAGAGGUUGACUUUUCACUUGCCCAACCAGCAACAUGUUGUAUUCGAUGAUGCUGAUAUCACUACUCAUAUUUACUUGCGCAACAAAGAUUUGCUGACGAUGUUUACAAGUUGGAUGAUGGCCAACAGGCGGUUCUCGGAGGGGCGGUCUCUAACAUAUGUUGAAUAUCCAGGCAAAUUUGUCUAUUGUUUGAGGAUCAGGGAGUGGAAGCCAAGACAGAGGGGAUUCUCAAUUGGAAGAUUGAGUUUUGCUCAUCCCUCAUCUGGUAAACUUUUCUACAUGCGGAUGCUUUUGAAUGUGCAGAGAGGUUGUACCAGCUUUCGAAGUAUAAGAACCGUGAAUGGUGUUACUUAUGAUACAUUUCAAGAGGCAUGUUCUGCCAUGGGAUUCUUGAUAGAUGAUAAGGAGUAUGUUUCUGCUAUUAAGGAAGUCGCCGAGUUAGCGUCAGCUGCACAGCUAACGAGGCUUUUUGUGAUGUUGCUGUUAUCUGGUUCCAUGGGAAGACCUCUGUCAGUUUGGGAGCAAACUUAG